CCAAUCACGAUCGAUUGUUCUCUUUACGAUCAAAGAAUAAUCGACUGUGAUUGGUCAAUUUGCCUACUGCAUACUACUACAACCUCAUUGUAGAAUGACCUUUAAAGUUGAAUUUUAAUCAAUCUACCUAAGUUUUAUGUUUAAAUCGUAAUAUCUAUUUUUAUUCUGAAGAAUUAGACAGCAAGAGCCAAUAUCGAACGAAACGAACGAAGAAAAAGAAUCCAGCAUUAAAGAAUGGUCUAUUAAAAGAAGAAAAUGUGGUUGAAGCUGUACCGAAAUCAUGGUUACAUGAUAAUUUAUGCUAUUGGCCACCAUACACUGGCAAAAGAUGAACGCAUGCCAUAACUAUAUGCGAGAAACUAAUAUUUGGUUCAUGGCCUUUAUUUAAAAUCUGACAGUUGGGGAAUGGAGAUAGUUAUGAUAAUUUACAAAAGGCAAAGGCGAAAGCUUCUAGAGCAGAAGAUUUGGCAUCGGAUUUUGAAGGUACAAGAAUUAAAAAGAAAAAGAAACUUGUAUGAUAUAAAUGAAACACAAAGUGCACCAUCCAAUGAGAAUUCAUCAGAUGAUGAAGUUACAAUUCCUACAAAAUUUCCUACUCCACCCAACUGCCAAGAUGCUGCAUUUAAAAAACAAGUUUUGUGUCAGUUGCAAUUACUUAAUUUUAAACACACGCAAAUGUCUGAGGAUAUACAAACAAUUUUAACAAAAAUUGCGGGACAAGGCGAUAACUUGUUACUGAUGAACGACGAGGAAACUAUUUUUCAUAAGUUUGACUUUCCUCUAAAAAAUAUAAGUGAAUUAAACUCUGUAAAACAUUACUUGGCAGAUGACAACAACGCUAUUAUGAUGUUAUUACAAAUAGAUCAAAGAAUUCACAAAAAUUGGCGGAACUACAUACAAGCAAACCAUAAAAAGAAUGAGUUUGUUAUUUUCAAACGAAGUAAUAGAAAACUACAGUUGGAUUGGAUUUAAAGGAAAAAAUAAAUUCUCUCUUUUACGUAUUGCAGCUGUUAUAAUAAAGGCAGUACAAAAGACACAUGGUACAAUUACACUAUGUGACAUCGAAACAGCAAUGAAAAUGUGGCUUGUAAAAGCAAAGUUUAGAAAUGCAAAAAAAGCACUAUAAUAGAAUAUUUAUUUAUGGCAAUAUCUACUGAUUAUGAUCUAUUAAAUCGUGUCCAUUUUUUUGCAUUAAUUAUCCCACAUAGCAAAAUAGGUCAUAAAGAAAUUUACUUUAUUCUAAUAACACCACGGCAUUUUCUAAUAACGACAUCACGGCGAUGUGCGAAUGUCCGUUUUAUUACAGGAAUAUCGCUAUAUCGUUAUCAAGUAAAAUCUUGGUCGAACAAUAGACUUUCUUACUUCAUCAUGAUGUCAGCAACAUCUCAUAUAUUAUUGGGUGUACAAAUUAGUUCAAUCCGUUUUCAAAAGAUGGCUCCGGCUGUUAUGAAUGGCUCAUAGUAACUGCCAAUUUUGGCGGUUUCAGAGAAGUUAGACAUC